AUGAUGUUCGCCUUGUGGCACCAAGGAUGGACUCAUGUUUUGCGUCUUGUGGCUGCUAUGAAAGGCAAAGGUGAUUAUAAACCAGCUCCUCGGAUCACUGAAGCUGACAAAACUAAUGAUAGAAGGUCAUUACAAAGAGCUCUUGACAGAAGGCUUUAUCUCCUCCUUUAUGGAACCACAUAUGAGGCUCCCAGUGAGAAGCCUGUCUGGCAUUUUCCUGAAAAAGUUUACAAUUCUGAGGAGGCAUUGUGCAAGAAGAGUGAGCAGCAUAUUUCAUCGUUCAAGCGCUGCUUCUUCAAAUCUCAAGCGAUUGCGACCAACAAGUUUAAUGUCGAGAUGUGUGAGGAUUUUGUUUGGGUGACCAAGGAUGAACUGUUGGAGUAUUUUCCUGAGCAAGCUGAAUUCCUUAACAAGAUGAUCAUUAGCUGA